AUGGCCGUCCAACUGCUGCAGCACGAGCACGGCAAGGGCCGCGUGCGGCUGCUCAAAGUCACCCGCACGCCCGCGCAGCACUCGGUCGUCCAGCUCGAAGCGCACGUGCUGCUCGAAGGCGCCCGCGCUGCCAGCGCCUACAACAGCGGCGACAACAGCCACGUGCUGCCCACCGACUCGAUCAAGAACACAGUGUGGGUGCUGGCAAAGGAGCACGAGGUUGCGUCGCUCGAGGCCUUUGGCGUCGCGCUCGCCACGCACUUUGUCACGAGGCACGCGGACCUCGUCAGUGUGGCAAAGGUGAAGCUCGUCGAGACGCCGUGGGAGCGCCUCGUGGUGCGCGAUUCCAAGGGCGAGAUGCAGCCGCACCAUCACGCGUUCGGCAGCUCUGGUCUCGGCUACGCCACGACGCGUGUCGUUGCCCGCAAGUCAGUGAAGCACAGUGCCCCGGAACUGACGGUGCAAAGCGGUGUCGCUGGUCUCAAGGUCCUCAAGACCACGCAGAGCUCGUUUGUUGACUUUUUCCGGGAUGAGUACACGACGCUGCUUGAAGUGCCCGACCGUCUCAUGUGCACGAGCAUCUCGGCCUUGUGGACCUACACGUCCGAUGACGCGGGUGUCGACUUUGCUGGUAGAGCAGCAGAGAUCAAGAGCGUGCUCUUGGAGACGUUCGCAGGUCCGUCGGAUGUGGGUGUGCCCAGUCCGGCCGUUCAGUUCACGCUGUACAAGAUGGGCGAGGCGGUGCUGGAGAGAUGUCCGUACGUGAAGGACAUCAAGAUCGACAUGCCCAAUAUCCACAACAAUCCCAUCGAUCUCUCUCGCUUCGGCUGCAAGAACAUCCACCCACACGGCGAGGUCUUUCUGCCCACGGACGAGCCGCACGGCAUCAUAUCGGCGACACUGGCGCGCUCUGUGUCCAAGUUGUAG